AUGGCCAAUCCCAGAAAUCUCCGUUGGUGGAUCCGUAUGAUCCGCAGUCUCCGUUUGGGACUUCUGAAUCUUCCGCGAAAGGUCAAAAUCCUUGAAUUGCGAACCCGGAGGCAAAUCACAGAAGCAUCCGCGAUGGUCCAAGAAGGGCUCCGUUUGGCUCUGUUUGGCUCCGUGAGCUGCAACCUGCUCGAGUCGCUGCCCGACGGGAUCGGCCAGCUGAUGUUUCUGGAACACCUCGACGUCAGCGGCAACGCGCUCGUCCGCCUCCCGAGCCUCUCCGGUCUCAAGGCGAUAACCCGGCUGGACUGCGCGGGGAACAGGCUCAAGUCUCUGCCGGUGACCCUGAGCGGGUGCGCGACCCUGCGGGAGCUGUGCUGCAACAACAACCCCAGCCUCGAGUGGCUCCCCACCGACCUCGGGCUCUUCCAGCCCGAGCUGAGAGGCGUGUGGUGCAACGGCUGCGCGCUGCUGGAGCUCCCAAACUCGCUCGAGGCGGCGACGGGGCUCGUCCACCUCGACGUCGGGCGCAACCGACUUCGCCGGCUUCCCGACUCCCUCGGCGGCGGCCAGCAGCCGAAUCUUCAGACGUUGCGAUGCGGGGAAAAUGCCAUCACGGCGUUGCCCGCGGGUCUCGGCGGCGCGGUGUCGCUGCGGGCGCUCGACGCGUCGCACAACGCGCUGGAAGAGGUUGACGUGCUCGCCGCGUGCGCGACGCUAGUGGAGAUUCGGUUGGGAGACAACGCCAUCGCGUCGCUGCCGCGGAACCUCGCGGGAGGGCCGCGACGCCUCAAGGCUCAGCUCAAGGCUCUCGCGCACGCUUCGUCGUCGGUUAGUCGUGGUUCUACAGGUGUGCUCAAGCCGCGUGUCUUUACCGGGUGGGGCGACGGCGAGUGGGACGGGCUGCGGGUCUUCGACGCGAGCGGCAACUCGCUGCGAAAGAUCCCAACCGACCUCGCGGCGACGCUGCUGGCGGGCGGGCGAACGCCGUGGAGGGUGCUGUUACACAACAACCCGAUGCAAGCCUCGAUACGAGCCGCGCUGGGCCAACCGGACGCCGAGGACGUGGCAACGCUGCUGAGGUACCUGGACGCGCUGAACGACGAGCUGGAGCUGAUGGAUCGCGACGAGUCGGAGCUCGGCGACCGCGCUCGCAGGGUGCGCGAGGGCAAACUCAGCGCGGAGUGCCCCGCGAGGAUCGAGAAGCCCGAAAUCGGCGUGAUGGAUCGAAGCGAUCGGUUCGCGAGGCGCGUACACAGGCGGUUCUCGGUGUCGGAGGACGCGCCGAGGGUGUUACAACGGGUGCGAACGGCGAACCCCGGGGCGUUGGAACGCGUGAAGCCGAUUGACGAGCAGUACCUCCUUCGGUGCGAGGCGAGGAAAGCCGCGGCGGCGGCUCGGGCGCGAACACGUUGGGGCGCGGCGAUCUUCUCCAAGAUGAAGGGAACGAACGACGUCAAAGAGGCUGCCGCGAAGCUCCAGCGCCGGGACCAGCUCCUCGACGCGAUCAAGCGCGCCACCGAGGAGAAGGCGAGGAGGGACGAGGAGGAGUUCCGAUGGAUCCACGACGUCGAGCUCCUCCGAUUCAUACCGUUCCGUCUUCGAUGCCAGCUGGCGCGUUCGUGCCGCGCAGUUCGGUGCACCCGCGGCGAGCGCGUGUACGCCGAGGGCGACGACGGCGACACCGCGUUCAUCGUGGUCGAGGGCCGGUGUCAGACGCGUGUCAACGUUCCCAAAGACGCCGACGAGAUCAACUCCGACGACGAGUCCGAGGCGGACCUCAUCAAGACGGAACCCAACGGCGACGUCGUCUCCGGCGCGCUCGCCCUCGCGGACGUCGUCGAGGACUUCGCCAAACGGAACGGUCGGGACCCGAGCGAGGCGGAGAAGGAGGGGCUCUCGCGGGGGAGGAGGCACGGGGAGAAGGCGUGCGUGGGGUUAGAGACGUUACUCACCGGCGCGCCCCGGCCGCACACACUCAUCGCCAAGUCCCAGCGCACCGUGCUCAUGGAGAUUUCGCGGCGGGAACUGGCCAAGUGCCUCGCGGAAGACGACGCGUCGCGCGCCAAGGAACACGCGCUCAAAGUGACGCGUGCGUACAACGAAGCGAAACGCGCCUUUGUCGAGACGUACGGCCAAUCACAGGGCGCCAGCUGGGGCGAGGACGCCGUCGCUGAGGAGGGCGCCGACGCCUACCGCGAGUCCCUGCUGGAGACGCCGCCGGCGCCUAGCGUGCGAGAGGCGCUUUUCCGCGCGGAGGCGUCGAGGCAGAUGUCGGCGACGCCGGGGUUUGACGCGAUUGAUUCGGAAGAGGAGCGCGACGCGAUGGUCGAAGAUUAUUUCCGUCGCGUGAAGGUCACCGCGCAUCACCUCGGUCUCGGUUUACCCGACGACCUGUACUCGGAAUCCGACGAGGAGGUCCUGCCGUGGACGAGGACGUGGCGCGCCAACCGAAGCGUCGAGCCGCCCGAGCUGCUCGGGUCCGAUCCCGACGGCUCGUCUUCGCUCGACUCGAAUCGGAUAGCGGAGUGGGAAUCUCUCCGGGCCACGCCCCUGCUCGGCGGCGGCGCCGGCCUGUUCCUCUGCUCCGAGCCCACGCUGACGAAGGCGGAGUUGCGUCACGUGGUCAGCGCGGGAUGCCGCAGGGUCGCGGCGAGGCAGGAUGAGCGCCCGUUGUGUCUGGAGAACGAUCCGGGCGAGAGAGGAUGCGCGUACGUCGUCUCCGGUAACAGCCGAGGCGAUAUCGUUCGAGCGCGACGACCGACCAAGUUCGAUCCCAACCCGGUGCCCGAGCGCGUCGGCGUCGUCAAGCCCGGGGACGUCGUGUGCGCGCUGUCUCUGCUCACGGGCGCCAAGGCGACGCAGACGGUGAUUGCGUCCACCGCCGCGAGGGCCCCGCCGAAGAUGAAGGCGCUGGAGAUCAACAAGAAGUGCCUUCGAGCCGUGGUGAUGCGUCGACCGACCGUGCUCGACGCCAUGGCUCGCGUCGUCGCCGCCGACGUCGCCCAAUCGUCGUUCGCGGACGACGCGCGGGGCGUGCCCCUGGAGAAGCGGGCCGCGAACGAGCUUCGAAUAGCGCACAGAAUCGCCAACGCCGGUUGGCGUCAUUACGCCGUGGGCUGGCGCACCUGGGUCCGCGUGGGUUCCACGGUGCGCGCCGAGUGCAGGCGGAGGAUCAUACGCGAGAAACUCUUCGGCGGCGGCGCCGGCGCGUUCUUCGCGGCGGCGGCGGGCGCGUCGCUCGACGCCGCGAACGACGACGAGAUGAUCGACGAGGCGAACAACCGCCCGCCGCAGGCAGAGACGGCUCAGAGGCGCAGCAGCAAGCGAAGGGGCGAACUGGUCGACCUGGACAACUCGCAGGCGCUCGGGAUGGCGAAGCCCUUACGCGCGCUCAUCGCGUCGGAGCGCGCGGCGAUCGCGGCGCGGUCCACGCGCCGCGUGCUCGCGCGCGCGGGCGAGGUGUUCGUGCAGCAGGGGUUUCCGGGAAAUUCCGCGUUUUUGGUGCUCGGCGGGUCGCUGGAGGCGCUGGUGAAGAAACCGGGCGCCCAGGACGACGUCGAGGGAGGAACCCUGUGCCGCGCGGGUAAGCUGCGGCCCGGCGCGUGCUUCGGCGAGACGUGCCUGCUGCUGGGCGCGAGGCGCGCGGCGACGGUGCGCGCGACGCGGGAUUCGUGGCUGUUGGAGGUUGGCCGACGGGGGUUGGAGUGGGCGCUUCGAGAGAGGCCCGCGCUCGCGGAUGACCUCGCGCGCGUCGCCGCUAAGGGCAUCGCCCGCGAGCGGGUGAUCGGCGACGAAGCCGCGGCGGCGGCGGCGGACGACGAAGACGACGACCUCGGAUUGAUCGACGACGACGCGAGAAUGUCAUCCGAGGAGCACCGCGAACUCGUCGAACGCGUGACGAAGUGGGUGUUUCACGGGGAAAAACCUCGGGGGGAGGAGGGCGACGCGGACGACGCGAAGGCGCCCGCGGUUGACGACGACGGGACCCCCCACGGGUUGCGACCCACGCGCUCGAGGCUCGCUUUCGGCGAGGCGACCAAAAAAGUCAUGGGCGUGCUCCAAAACGUGGAUUGCUUCGCCGCGCUGGACCGGACGCAGAUGCUCGUGAUGUUAAGGGAGGGUGCGGACCUAGAGACGCAUCCCCCGGGGAGCCGCGUGUGCGAGCAGGGCGACGACCGCAGGGACACGAUGUUCGUGGUCAUGGAGGGCGAGCUGGAGGUGAAGGAGGAGACGCUGACAGAUCCGAGAUCGUCCGCCGCGUCCGGAAAGGUGGACAAGAAGGUUCUUCGGACGUUGCGACGCGGCGACGUCUUCGGAGAAUCGUGUCUGUUUACCGGCGCACCGCGCGGGUGCACCGUCACCGCCACGUACAGGGGAGCCACGCUGAUCGAGCUGAGCCCCGCCGCGAUCGCGCCGAUACUGAGGAACGUGGACUCGUUCGUGCCCACCGUCGCGCAAGUACUCGCGAGUCGCCUCGACGCCGGGGACCAGGCGCCGAACCAGGGGCCAAACCAGGCAACGUACCCGGACCAACACCCGGACGCGUUGAUCGAUCGCGCGGCGAGACUAGACGCGUCCAUACGGCUCCGACACGACCUGGCCUUCCCCGGCGAGGAUGCGCCGAGGUCUUUCGACGUCUCAGAAUUCCGUCUUUCAGAAAAGGGAACGGAAAGGUCGGUCAUCGACGAGUCGUUGUCCGGCUUGCUUCGAGCGAGGCAUCCGUUUUUCAGAAGGUUCACUUCCGAGGAGCUGGCCGCCGUGGCCGCGCGCGGCGUCGCGCGCGAGAUUGGCACCGGUAAGCACCUGUGCAGGCAGGGAGACGCUGGGAAGACGAUGUUCAUCGUGGUCUCCGGGGUGGCGAUGGUGUUUCUCGAGGAGCGAGUCGGCGAAAGGGCGGUGAAACGGAAAGUCGGCGAGGUUGUCGCCGGACAGUGCUUCGGCGAGGAGUGCGCGCUGCGCGCCGGUGGGGCGGCCGUUGACCGCGUCAGCACGAUAAUCGCGUCGCCGCCCGGCGUGAGGGUCGUCGAGCUCGGGGCGGGCGCGUUCGAGGCGGCGUUCGCGCGUCGGCCCGCGCUCGUGGACCUCGCGGGUGAGUACCUGGCGAGUUUGGAGUUAGUCUAAAUAGCAGUUAGUCCAAAGUGGAACAUAAUAAAU